UGCAAAGGUUUUCAUCGAUAUUUCAUUGUGUUUUUUGCUAGUCGAUCUCAAUAUAAACUUAAUUGCACUUGUGUGUUUCAGGGUCUGAAAAUAUCGCAACGCAUAAAACGAUAUUAUAAAUAAAAACAGUUUGUCUGCAACUUAAGAUCAGCUGUUCUGUUAGCUAGUCUUGUAAGCCUUAAUAAAGGGCCAAUGUGCAGUAUUUACAUUUAAAAUUUGAUUGUUGCUUAUUUGUUAUUUUCUUGUUUAAAAAACGAAAUUUUCUUUUUACCCUACCGAAAUUUGCUUUGAUAAUUGAACCAUUUAAUUUGGUGCGGUAUUUUUCCGUAAAUAUUGCGGCUGUUAAUAACGUUUUAGCAAACUGUUAAGUCAACAGAGAAGCAAAGAAGAAGAAGCGAUUUUUUGUCAAUCCAGCUAAAUUAAUUUUUUGCGUUUCCAACAAAAAAAUUUGGUUUAAGCUAAAGAAAAGCAGUGCAGAAGCGCUAAACAAAUAUUAAAUGGCUUCGACAUCAAGACUCGAAAACAAUAAGGUGUGCUGCUAUGCACACCCCGAGUCUCCAUUAAUUGAGGACUAUCGUGCUGGGGACAUGAUCUGCUCCGAGUGUGGCUUGGUGGUCGGUGAUCGCGUAAUAGAUGUCGGCUCCGAGUGGCGUACAUUUAGCAACGAGAAAAGUGGCGUUGAUCCGAGUCGUGUUGGCGGCCCAGAAAAUCCCCUUCUCAGUGGCGGUGAUUUGUCCACAAUAAUUGGUCCGGGCACUGGGUCGGCAUCAUUCGAUGCCUUCGGCGCACCCAAAUACCAAAACAGACGCACAAUGAGCAGUUCAGAUCGUUCGCUUAUAUCCGCAUUCAAGGAAAUUUCAUUAAUGGCCGAUCGCAUCAAUUUGCCAAAAACAAUUGUCGAUCGCGCAAACAACUUAUUCAAGCAGGUCCAUGACGGUAAGAAUCUGAAAGGUCGCUCAAAUGAUGCCAAGUCAUCCGCUUGCUUGUAUAUUGCCUGUCGCCAGGAGGGUGUUCCCCGUACAUUUAAGGAAAUUUGUGCAGUUAGUAAGAUUAGUAAGAAAGAAAUUGGCAGAUGCUUUAAGCUGACACUCAAGGCACUCGAGACAAGUGUCGAUCUAAUAACCACUGCCGACUUUAUGUGCCGCUUUUGUGCAAAUUUGGAUCUACCCAAUAUGGUACAGAGAGCAGCUACACACAUUGCGAAAAAAGCAGUGGAAAUGGACAUUGUGCCUGGUCGUUCGCCCAUCUCUGUGGCGGCGGCCGCAAUUUAUAUGGCAUCGCAGGCCUCGGAGCAUAAGCGCAGCCAGAAAGAAAUCGGUGAUAUUGCCGGAGUUGCGGAUGUGACAAUUCGGCAAUCGUACAAACUAAUGUAUCCGCAUGCAGCUAAAUUAUUUCCAGAGGAUUUCAAGUUUACUACUCCGAUUGAUCAGCUACCGCAAAUGUGAGGUAGACUUUGAGAAAUGAACGAUGCUCAAUUUAUUAAUAAUAUUUUCGUAAGCUAAGAUGAACAUGAUGCAUGGAUAAACAUGAUUUUGUGCGGCCUGCCUAGUAUAAACUGAAAUGACCAUACUUUAUUCACAAGAGAAAAACGAUUUUAUUCAUAUUAAAAUGCAGAAAUGCAAAUGAAAUGGC